GAAAGAGUGAACUUCAAGCUAUCGACUCCGAGGGCACACCCACAGUGCUUUGUGGGUUUUCUGAUUAAACCUACUCAGGAUGCAACGUCAAUAUCAACCCUUCUCUUAACCUACCGCAUAACACCGAAUUCUGCUUCCGAUUAACGAUUCCGCUGCAGAAAUUCCUGUAUCGUUUUGGGUUGCUGAAAUGCGUGCUUGACAUCCAUACUUGAAGCAUUGCUGUGAACACCUCAAGUUUACCGUAUCGAUUUGCUAUGAGAUUUGUGUCGUUCAAUUAGGAUUCCAAUUUGACCAACAGUUGUGGGAAGUCUGAGACUUGGCUCCAAUUCAGGAAUACUUAGCAGUGCUUUUUUUUUUUUUUUUUUGUAACUCAGAGAUUUUGUUCCUGAACGCUAAGAUUUCCGAUUUCGGGUUUUGGGCUCGAAGUCUUGAGAGGUUUUGGAAAUCAUUUGAAAUCGUGUAGUUUCACCUAGUGAGUUGCUUGUGGCGUUUUUGAAAUGGGAGGAUGUAAUUAGUAAUUUGCAAUUUAGAGAAUCUGAGGGGAGUUGGUUGUUCGUUGUUGUGGUCUGGAGUGAAUGAGUGAACUCGCACUGCGGCGAAGAUCAAGAGUGUAUUGCGAAUGAGGGCAAGGCAUUGUGGUGUUAGAGUUUUGGUUUGGGUUGCCAGCUUUGAGAGAGGAUCUGCGUCUUUAUGAUGAGAAGUGAGUGUGUGUGAUGAGCAGCUUGAGAAGACGUGAUUGUGACGCUGAGAAAGUCCACCACUGAUGGUACAAUUCAAGUGGCAGCGAUUGCCUGGGCACAGGAAUCUCAAAGGCAGAGCAGGGCACACCGCUACGCUGGUUGGAAAACAGAUUUUUGUGCUCGGUGGUCGGAUCGGAAACAUAUUCUUCAACGAUGCGUGGGUGUUCGACACGGAGACAGAGCAAUGGCAGCAGCUGCAGGCUCAUUGUGCCUUCAGUCCACGAGCUUACCAUACCGCGACUCUUACAGGUGACGGGGAAUUGUGGGUCAUUGGUGGGAGUGACAGAGACGUCAUGCAUGGUGAUGUGCACAUGCUUAGCACCAAGACUCUUGAAUGGACGAGUUCAGCGACAGCAGGGCCGUUGGCGGGCAGAUUACUAGGCACUCACGCGGCUGUUGCGCAUCCCUUGCGAUCAAAUGCAAUCUUAGUGUAUGGCGGUUAUGGCGGUGUGGACUCCAAAUGGCUCAGCGACCUCGCUGUUCUCGACACCGGUACGCUGGAAUGGGAGAUUCUCAAGCCAGAGGGUCCUCCUCCCGCCGGUCGAGGCUAUCACACCAUGACCUGCGUAGGGGAGAACGUGAUCAUUUACGGAGGUAAAGGCGUGCAUGGCAUCAUUGGAUCUGCUAACAACCUCAGUGUUUACAACAGCGCUACUAACACAUGGGGAGGUCCUCAAAUGAAAGGGAUUCCUCCAGUGCAACGCUCAAACCACGCCGCUACUUUGUUCGGAGAGAAUUUGAUUGUGUUUCAUGGAGGUCGGAAUGGGAUUGAGCGUCUGAGGGAUAUGUGUGCACUCAAGGUUGACUCGGGCUACGGUAGUCAAAUUCGUUUGACAUGGCACCUAUUUCCUCAAGAACCGGUUGCGAAGGUGCGAGCUCGCAAACGAGCUGAGGAUGGAGCGGCGGAGGGACUGUCGAAUAGCCCUGGUGGUCGAGCAGCUCACAGUCUGAUUGCUAAAGUUAAUCAAGCUCUUUACGUUUUCGGUGGAUAUGGUGGUUCCGGAGUAACCUUUGAUGAUAUGUACGUGCUCCGAAAUUUCGCUGAGGCCUCAGGAAUGGCUGAUGUUGGGGAGGUCCCUGUGGGAGAAGCUGUGAGAAGAAGUGGUCGGAGAUUUUCUUUUCCAGUUGAGGAGCCAGGAAUGGGACCUAUCGAUGGGUGGCGCAGCACAAAGAAACCCCGGCGACCACCUGCAGGAACCCUAGAUUACAGUUUGGAUUCAAAUGUUAGAGUAGAGUGCGUCGAUGGUCGUGGCAGUGAAGCUUCAGCACUUCGACAAGUCUUGGACUUAACCAAGACUACACCGCUAGAGAAGGACUUGCGAACGGUCAAGGAGCAAGUUAACAAGCUUUUGUCCAAGUCAAGGUCAGACAAGGAUUUCCUGAAGGUUAAGGAGGAGGUAAGUGAACUUGUAUCUAAAUCGAGGUUAGAUGGAGCAGAGCGGCUGAAUGAAUUGGAGGUUCGCCGGCGAGAGGUUGCAGGUCUGCAGCAGACAGUUGCUGCUUUGAGUGGUGAAAUUCGAUUCCAAAGUUCCGGUGAGACAGCCAUGCGGGAACGGAACGCGGUGCUGGAGCACGAUCUUGAAUUGCACCGCCAGCAAGUAUCCACUUUGAAUGAGAGGCUAGAAUGGUUGACUGCGGAGAAUUCAAGCCUGAGGUCAGUGCAUCAGGUGAUGGACACGCAAAAGGCUGAUAGGAUAAGAGAAAGUUAUGAAAUGACGUCGAAGGUCUUGUCUCUGGAGCAGAGGUUGGCUGAUGGAGACAGAGAGCAUAGCAAGACGCUGCAGAUGCUUGGACAUGCCGAAUCCAAGAAUGCCGAUCUCAAUCGUUUGCUCGAGGAAGUGAAGAAGGAGAAGAAAGCUGUUACUCUUGAGUGCAGCGAACACAGAAUGAAAGCGCACAAGAUGGAAGUGGAGCUUCGAAACUUAGAGCACGUGCGAGCGAACUUCGACAAAGAUAAAGGUGCGUUACUGAAUCAAAUGGCUGAGGCCCAAAUCAAGUUGGAGAGAGUGUCGGGAGAGUUGGCAGCAGUGAAGGAAUCUGCACGAACUCUUCAGGACACGGUGGAAAGGCUUGCGAAGCAGCUUGAGAGGGAGAACUCGAGGGCGGAUGCUCUGGAACGGGACCGAGAUGAAUUAAGACGAGCCUACAGUGCAAAUUCCUCAGAAAUUUCUCAGAUCAAUUCUGCCCGUGAGAGUGCUGAGGCAGCUGCCGAGCUCGUGCGAUCUGAGCUUCGAACAGCUCGUGUGUUGCUUGAACGGAGCGAAACUGAGAAUGGAAGGCUGCAAGAAGCAGCUGAAAAUGCGCGGGAGCAUUUCGCCUCUCAGCAUUUGGCGUUGAGGAAGUACGAGGAAGACGCUAAGUCUCUCAGAGGCGAAUGCGAACGAUGGCGAAAGCUAGUGAGCGAGAUGGAGGACUUCGAACAAGCACAAGCGCAAACUUUCCAAAAUCACGUGGAGAAGAUUCGCAUUGCUCGCCAGCUCUAACCUCAGUACAGUUAUCCCUUCAUAGCUCAGUUGCCACCGACAGGAUGUUAUGUUAGUUCUCUGUGUCACUCGCUGUAUAUCAACCAGGUCAUUGUUCCUGGAGACUUAGAGGAUGGCUGUUUCAGUUUCUCGUCGGCUGCGUGUGAACAAUGGAAGAAAUGUUUCAACGAGCUGCCAAUAUAACACAGGGAUAGUAGCAAGUCAGACUUUCUAGGCGGGGGCUUAACUUCGAUGGAGCAUAGAAAGUGUUAUGUCUCCUAUUGGUUAUACCAUGAGCCCAAGAACCUGUUACUCUUUAUAGGCAUUAAGACACCGUGGUUACUUUCUUUGUGAAAGGCAAACCGUAUGUCUUCAAGUAUCAGAUUUCAAUCAUGACAGAAUAUAAUUGAUUGAGCGCGAUGAAUGAACGUGUAACAUGUUUGCAGGCAUGAAGCAAAUGCUUCGUUAUAGCUUUUGGCUGUCAUGCAAGCGUCCGGAAAUCUAAACCCCUGUUAAUUGAAAUGAGCUUGUGCUACCAUCGCAGUGAGCUCACUGCAGUUUAAGCUUGUGUUGCUUGAUAAA